CUUGUUAGAAAAAGACACUGUUUUGAGCGGGGAGUUGUGAUUUAAGAGAGGAGCGUCAGAAAGAGAAGAAAGGAGAAGUUUUCAGACACCCAGAGAGAGAGAAAAGAAAGUAAGAAAGAAAUUUACUUUUCUUUUUCUUUUCUUUCUUCUUUCUCUCCCUUUUUCUUCUCUCGAAGUUUCCGUUGUUCUUGUUCUCCUCUUCUUCCGGUUUCCAAAUCUCUGUCGGGCACGAAAUCGGAGUUCUGUUUCUUACAGAAAUGGCUUUUAUUUCAUUUGUCGGAAGAGUUCUCUUCGUUUCCGUCUUCGUUCUCUCUGCUUGGCAAGAGUUCAAUGAUUUUGGUACUGAUGGAGGACCGGCGGCCAAGUAUCUUAAGCCAAAAUUCAACGUUUUCACUCGCAACUUUGAAUCUCACACUGGGUUGGAGUUCCCUAAAGUUGAGAUUCUACAUCUUGUGGCUGGUGCCCUUGUAUUGAAAGGCCUUGGAAGCCUGCUCUUCAUCUUCAACAGCUCCAUUGGAGCAUUUCUUCUGAUCUUGCAUCAGGCCAUUACCACACCCAUCUUGUACGAUUUCUACAACUACGAUGUUGAGAAGAAGGAAUUCAACCAACUUUUUGUGAAAUUCACUCAGAAUCUGGCAUUGUUGGGAGCAUUGCUGUUCUUCAUCGGCAUGAAGAACUCGAUUCCAAAGAGGCCAGUAGGAAAGAAAAAUCCCAAGUCCAAAACAUCAUAGAUUAUUGAGGAGGAAUGAAUGGAUCAACUGAGAGGGGGGGAAGAGGCGUAUGUUUUUCUUUUCUGUAGGACUCUUUUUGGAACUGAAUUGAACACUGUAUGAUCAUCUCUCUUUUAGUUUUUUUUUUCUUUUAAAUUUUUUGAAUCAGUAGGGAAGUAAAAUGGGGUGGGCUGUACUUUGUUUUUUGUAUUUUUGAAGAUUAUGACGAUAUCUUCUACGGAGUUUGAGGAUAUUUUUGUAUUUUUCAAGUUAGGGGUUGUUAUGUGAUUGUAAUGAAAGUUCUUUCACAUAAUUUUGAAGUUUGUUUGUGUGUUUA